UUCAACUCUCCCGAUCGGGAGUAUUUUUCGGCAAGAAUCUCAAGAACUUCCAAGUUCUCCUGAGAGAGAGAGAGAGAGAUAAUGGCUGCUAGAGAUCAUGACAAGCAAGAAGGCGGCAGCAGCGGCGGUGGAUUUUUCUCAUCGAUCGCAUCGAGCAUCUCGAAUUUCGGCACUGCAAUGCACAAAUCCGUUAAUGGGUUGCUUGGUUAUGAAGGGUUAGAAGUCAUAAACCCAGAAGGAGGCACGGAAGACGCGGAGGAGGAAGCUCACAGAGGAAGAUGGAAGCAGGAGGAUCGGGAUAGUUACUGGAAGAUGAUGCAAAAGUAUAUAGGGUCAGAUGUUACAUCAAUGGUGACACUUCCAGUCCUCAUUUUUGAGCCAAUGACAAUGAUUCAGAGAAUGGCAGAGUUAAUGGAGUACUCCCACCUGUUAGAUCUGGCGGAUGAAUGUGAGGAUCCCUACAUGCGAUUGGUCUAUGCUACAUCAUGGGCAAUAUCUGUCUACUAUGCCUAUCAAAGAACCUGGAAGCCUUUCAAUCCUAUCCUGGGCGAGACGUAUGAAAUGGUCAAUCAUGGGGGAAUUACAUUCAUUGCAGAGCAGGUGUGUCAUCAUCCUCCUAUGAGUGCGGGGCAUGCCGAAAAUGAUCAUUUUACUUAUGAUGUGACAUCCAAGUUGAAGAGCAAAUUUUUAGGAAAUUCGCUUGAUAUCUAUCCUGUUGGAAGGACAAGGGUAACCCUUAAAAGAGAUGGUGUAGUGUUGGAUUUGGUGCCCCCUCCCACAAAAGCUAACAACCUUAUAUUUGGAAGGACGUGGGUUGAUUCGCCUGGGGAGAUGAUCAUGACAAACUUGACUACAGGGGACAAAGCUGUGCUAUACUUUCAGCCUUGUGGCUGGUUUGGGAAUGGUCGGUAUGAAGUAGAUGGAUAUGUAUAUAAUGCAGCAGAGGAACCUAAGAUUUUGAUAACUGGGAAAUGGAAUGAGUCAAUGAGCUAUCAGCCAUGUGACAUGGAAGGGGAGCCCCUUUCAGGCACCGAAUUGAAAGAGGUAUGGAGAGUCGCUGCUCCUCCAGAAAAUGACAAAUUUCAGUAUACAUAUUUUGCACGCAAAAUAAACAGCUUCGAUACGGCACCCAAGAAGUUAUUAGCAUCAGAUUCCCGUCUGCGGCCUGACCGAUACGCACUGGAGAAGGGUGAUCUUUCUAAAGCUGGUGCUGAGAAGAGCAGUCUGGAGGAGAGACAGAGAGCUGAAAAGCGAGAUAGAGAGGCGAAGGGCCAUCAAUUCACACCCAGAUGGUUCGAUCUAUCCGGCGAAGUUACCCUGACACCUUGGGGUGAAUUGGAAGUAUACCAGUACAACGGUAAAUACACCGAGCAUCGGGCCACAAUCGAUGCCUUAGAUACGGUCGAUGAAGUUGACAUCAAAUCCAUUGAGUUUAACCCAUGGCAGUAUGGUAAUAUAUCUGCAGAAUAAGGUAUUUUGUUUGUAUGCUUGUUUACUUCUGUUUUCCAUCUGAAACAUGCUGGUUGUAUUUUCAGUUACAAAACGUAGAUAUGAUGUGUAAAAAAUAUUAAUUCAAGAGAAUCUGUAGAUGGUAUAUGAUUUCC